CAUUUGGUAGGUACUGCGCAUGCGCUGAGACAAAUAUGGUUGUAACUGUGAUUGUUACGUGACGGUUUCAUUGGAGAUAAAUUCAGUGUUUGCAGAAGAGGACAGACACGGCGGUACAGGAUGGCAGGAGAAGAGCAGGAGAGCAAGACCAAGGGUUUCCGGCUGCUGGGGAUUCUGGAUGUCCAGAACACUCCGUGUGCCAGAGACGCCAUCCUGCAUGGAGCUGGGGGCUCGCUAGCUGCUGGCCUGCUACACUUUCUGGCCACUAGUCGGGUGAAGAGGUCUUUUGACGUGGGAUUUGCAGGCUUUAUGCUGACGACACUCGGGUCCUGGUUUUACUGCAGGAUGAACAACGCUAAGCUUCGUGUGCAGCAGAGGAUGAUCCAGGACGGCAUCAAGAACAAGGUAGUGUACGAGGGGUCCGUUCUAGACCCAACAAACAAACCUGGAGCACCAGGGCCCUCGUGACCCUGAUGGGGAAGAAGAGAGGACGCCGUCAGGGCCAUACAAAGACUUAACGUUCAGUUUUUUCAAAAGACUGAUUUUUGCUGCACAAAUGUGGAAAGAAC